ACCCACGCCGGAAGGAGGGUUUGGCGCAGCCGCGGGAGCAGCGCAGAGCAGGUUGCUUGCUAUGUCUGUGGCUGAUACAACAAAACCCCACACAAAUGAGCCCGUGGCCACAGUGACCCUAGAGACCGGCAAGAGCAGCCCGGGCAAAGGCAGCCGGCCCCCCAGCGGCAGGCCAUCGAGCGGCAGCGUGGACUACAGCCAAUCCCAGUGCUCCUGCAGGAGCCUGCGCUCUAACUACGACUACUCGGAAGACUUCAUCUCCCUGUGCUCAGACCCAGCCACCAGUAGAGCUUAUGUCGAGCCACAGGCGGUGAAAGAGAAGAAAAAGUACCAGGCUUCCAAAAUCACCCAGCCUAAAGGUCGAAAGGAAGUCUCUGAUGAAAAGAGGCACCCCUGGAACACAUCACGCCUCCACUCCCAGCUCAAUCUGGUGGCACGCAGGAAGGACGCCGUGGCCCACCGCAUCCUCUCCGCGCGGCUGCACAAGAUCAAAGAGCUGAAGAAUGAGCUGGCCGACAUCCACCGCAAGCUGGAAGCCAUCGUCAUAGAAAACCAAUUUCUCAAACAACUUCAGUUUAGACACCUGAAAGCCAUAGGAAAAUACGAGAACUCCCAAAGCAAUUUACCCCAAAUUAUGGUUAAACAUCAGAAUGAGGUGAAAAAUCUAAGGCAGCUCCUUAGGAAAUCCCAGGAAAAGGAAAGAACUGUCUCCAGGAAACUCAGAGAAACUGACAGUGAGCUGCUGAAGACCAAAGACACUCUGCAGGCACUGCAGAAGCUCUCUGAAGACAAAAACCUGGCAGAAAGGGAAGAACUGACUCAGAAACUGUCGGCUCUUAUGGCAAAAAUGGAGGCAAAUGACAAGAAAAUACAGAACCUGGAGAGACAGCUGAGGCUGAACGCUCGGGCCUUCAACCGUCAGCUGGCAGCAGAAAACCAGAAGACACUGGCAGCCCAGACGGCCACAAAGACCCUGCAGGUAGAGGUCAAACGCCUGCAGCAGAAACUCAAGGAAAAGGAGCGUGAGCUUGAAAUUAAAAACAUCUAUACUAAUCGAAUACUUAGAAAUAUACGGGAACUAGAAGAAUACCCAAAAGUUUCUUCAACAAAAUCAGUACAAGCAGACAGAAAAAGUUUGUCAUUCAUAAAUAUGAGACACCAGGAAACCCAAAAGUCACAAGAAGUUCCAGCUUUGACAACAAAGGGUAAAAAGAUAACAAGAAACAUUCGCCCUAAAGAGAAAUCAAGUGAGAUAAACUGUGAAAUUCCUUAUUAUGUCAGUAAAGUGCCAAAGCAAGAGGAUUCUAAGAGAAAAUUUGAAGAUUUAUCAAAGGAGGAGGAGCAUCUGGAAGUACAUGCAGCGCUGGAGAAUGCGGGGAGACAAAAGGAGAAAAAGGCAGAUCAAGAAAAGAAACCCCUUUUCCAAGAGCCGGAGCUGCUCCCUGAAGCCGCUCCUGGGGUCCUCCCUGACCUAGACCCAGCCAGCAGCCAGGAUGACGGCGCAGGGCGGGACCGGCUCAGAAGAGGCGUUCCACGGGGCGACGCAGACGCGGACGCCGACGUGGACAGGGACUCAGACCGCGAUCGCGGCGUCCUGGGCAGCUCCAAGCUGCCCUGCAGGCAGAGGAAGCUGUACGCCUUCUCGGAAGCCACGGAGAACCUGCACCACGGGCUCCCUGCGUGCGGCGGCCACGGCCCAGCACACGGUGUGCACAGGGCUCGCGGCGGAGCUGCGGCCGAGGCCAGGCCGGAAGCGCCCGUCGGCUACGAGCCCUCGUUCGGGAAGUCGGCGCGGACCAAGGCGAAGGACCCCGCCUUCCGGGAGCGGAAGAGCAGCCUGAUGGAGGAGCUCUUCGGGGCCGGCUGCGUCCUGAGAGCCGAGCGUGCCGCGGGCGGGCCCACCGGGAGCGCCGACACCCCGAGGCGCAAGGCACCCCCGCCGCCGCCGCCGCCACCGCCUCCGGGCCGGGCCUCGGCCAGCAAUGCCUUCGGGGACUCCAAGGCCACCGUGGACAGCUCCGCGAGGUCGUCGUCACCCACGGAAGGAAAAAGAAUUGUUUAAAUAUAACCGAUAUCUUAAUGUACCUCUGCCUGCCAGCCUGCUUCUUAUGUGUGAGGCUCUAGUGCAAGAGGGUGUGUGUCAGGGUGUGCACUAGGAUUCUCAUUAGACUGGAAAAUCCAACUCCAAAAUCUACUUUAUUCUAGCCAACAAUAACACUUUUUAAAUACAAAUUUGCAUUAUUUUUCUAAAAGAGAGCCACGUCCAUUAUUUGAUGUUUUUGUAAGACCCAUUUAUUAGAUGGCUUUAGUAUUCCCUGAGACCAAUCGACGUACACAUCUUCUCCAGGAAAACAUCGCGCCAGCGGUACAGUGGUGGUGGAACUUCCGAACAUGGAAGCCGUUUGGAGGAAGAACAGUUCGAACGGAAGACUCUCUUCACGUGGAAAUAAGCGCACUGGUUAUCAAGCUUGGUUUUAAGAAAAUAAAAUUUGAGGAUACUCCUAUUCCGCUAAACUGGGCACCUCUGUGUCUUUCCUCCUGUGUACACCUAAAAUUCGGUACUUUUGUACUGAGAUUUACCACACACCAUAACUUCACCUUUUUUC